AAAAAAGAUGUCAGACAGCGAACAAUUAAAAAAUACAGCUAAAACUCUUAUCGAAGAAGGAAAAGCUGCUUACGAUAGUAAAUAUUAUGAUGAAAGUGUUAGUAGAUUAGGCGAAGCUUGCCAACUAUUGGAUGAAGUCAAUGGCGAUCUUGCUCCUGAAAAUGGCGAUGCAUACUUUUUAUACGGAAAGGCCUUACUUCAACUAGCCAUUCAACAAAACAGCGUACUUGGACAGUCUGCACAAGCAUCUGCUUCUAAAGUUGAAGAACAAUUAGCAGUUACAAAAGAACAAGAAGUUGAAUCUAAAAAUCCUUUGUUUCAACUAAAUGCUAUUCCUGACUUUUCCAGUAAUGUUGAAGACGACGACGACGAUGAUGAUGAUGAAGAAGGUGCUGGUGAAAAUGCAGAAGAUGACUUUGAAACUGCUUGGGAUAUUUUAGACGUCGCUCGUAUUAUAUUUGAAAAGAGUGAGGAUAAAGAAACAAAAUUAAAAUUAGCUGAUGUUCAUUUAUAUUUGGGCGAUGUAUCACUUGAAACUGAAAAAUUCAAUGAAGCUUUAGUAGAUUAUGAAAAAGCAAUCGAGAUUAAACAAUCAAUAUUAAAAGACGAUAAUCGAGAAUUAGCAGAAGCUCAUUAUAAAUAUGCUUUAGCACUCGAAUUCUCUACAGAAAAAUCAGAUCAAGCAGUUCCAGAAUUAAAAAAGGCAGUUAAUGUUUUAAAAAAGAGAUUGGAGUUUUUAGAAUCUGAUGAGAAUAUAAAAGGAAAGGGAAAAGAAAUGGAUUUGAGUCAAGAAGCCUCUAGUGAAAUUAAAGAAAUUAAAGAGCUCAUACCAGAUAUAGAAUUAAAGAUUGAAGAGCUUUCAAAUAGACAAGCUACUGAAAAGGAAGCAGAGGCUUUAUUAAAAGCCAUGCUAAACCAAAACAAUAAUAACAUAUUAACAAAAGAAAUUUCAGCAUCUACACCUGUCAACGAUUUGACAACGCUUGUGAAGCGUAAGAAGGCACCUGCUGCUAAAGAAGAUGAUAAUAACAAGAAACAAAAACUAGAAUAAAACAUAUAUAUUCAUGAGG